CCGAUAAAAUACCAAAACCAAACGCACCCAUGGUGAUUUAGCCUUUCCAAAUGCUAAAGGGAGAGACGUGUCAAUAAUCCUUUCCCUCCAACUGUACACAGCUAGCAGUUCCAUAUUUGGCUGAUACAUUUUCGACCAUCCAAAUCUUUCCCAUCAACGCUUACAUAAAUAGAAAGAAGACUAGCAAUCUGGCAUACAUCAAACGUUGCAAGAAAUUAGAAACUCCUCCAAGAUGAGGAUCAGUAGUAAGCUUCAAUGCUUUCUAGCAUCCUUCUCCAUAAUCAUCUCUAUCGUUGAGCGUUGCAACGCUUUGACGUCGCCGGCCAUCAUCGACGACCAUUUAUCGGCGACAGCGGCGAUUCCGCUCCCUGCUGGUGUAACUGGGCCGGAGAGCCUCGCCUUCGACCCGGACGGCGAGGGGCCCUACACCGGCGUCUCAGAUGGCCGGAUUCUCAAGUGGCAAGGCGAAGAGCUUGGAUGGAUGGAAUAUGCUGUUGUUACUCCUCAGCAUCUGUUAAAUGAGUGCAGAGGAUCACAAGAGGUGAAGAAAGAGCAUAUUUGUGGUCGACCACUAGGAUUACAGUUCAACAAGAUGACCAGAGAUCUUUACAUUGCCGAUGCAUAUUUUGGGCUAAUGAUAGUUAGUGAAGGUGACAAAUUUGCUAAGCAAAUUGUUACACAAGCACAAAAUACUCCUCUUAAAUUUACCAACGGUUUGGAUAUAGACCAAGACACUGGAAUUGUCUAUUUUACUGAUAGCAGCGCUCGCUUCCAAAGGAGAGAAAACAUAUUGAUAGAGAUAUCGGGGGACAAAACCGGAAGAGUUCUAAGCUACAACCCACAAAACAAAGCGGUCCGAGUCCUACUCAACGGCUUAUCCUAUCCCAACGGCGUAGCAUUAAGCAAAGAUGGCUCCUUUCUCCUCAUUGCAGAAACAUCAACUUGCAGGAUCUUAAGAUACCGGCUUCAACCAAACAAAGACAAAAGAGCCCAGGUUCUUACUCAGCUCCCAGGGUAUCCUGAUAACGUAAAGCCCAGCCCGAGAGGAGGGUUUUGGGUUGCACACUACGAAAGGAAAUCAAAAUUCAUGGAGUGGGUUAUGUCUUUGCCCACUUGGGUAAGAGAAUACAUCAUUCUGUUGCCCUUGGAUGUAAUUACUAAGAUUUUCUACAAGUUUAGCGAGUGGCAUGGAGAACCUUUGGCUAUGAGGGUAAGCGGAGAGGGUGAGGUUUUAGAGCUCCUGGAGGAUUUUGGUGGGGAGAUAGUGAAGUACAUAAGUGAGGUAGAAGAGCAUAAUGCAACUUUGUGGAUUGGUUCUGUCGUAAUGCCUCAUGUUGGUAUUUAUAAGCUUUAGAGUGUAUAUAUAUAUGCAUGUAUAAUAAAUGUCGUUGAGGUAUUAUAUAUCAAGAAGUCAGCUACUUAUGGGUUCAGAUUUUCUAAAUCCUUGGUUAUAGAGAUAUUCUACUGUCGGUUAUGUGGAUCAAUGGUAGUGUCUUAUGUGGUGGGUCUCACCAUUUCAAGACUUUUCUAUAUAUAUAAUCU